GCGCCCGGCGAAGGGGCCGGAGUCGCGGCGGCGGCGGCGGCAGCAAGAUGGCGGCCAAGUCGGAUGGCGGCGGCGGCGGCGUGGGGUUCGCCCAGCUGCACAACCUGGACGAGGCGGCGGCGGCGGCGGCGGCGGCGGGCGUCUGCGGCGGCGUCGGGGCAGCGGCGGCCGAGGGUGCGGAGGAGCCGGGCGGCAGCAGCUCCUUGCACAUCUGCCACUGCUGCAACACGUCGUCCUGCUACUGGGGCUGCCGGAGCGCCUGCCUGCGCAGCCUCUUCGGGCGGGCGGCCGCCGCCGCCGCCGCCGAGCCGCUGGCCCCGCGCCCCCCCCACGCCGCCGCCGCCGAGGGUCCGCAGGGCGCGGCGGGGGUCGAGCGGCCGUGGCUGGACUGCCUGUGGAUCGUGCUGGCGCUGCUGGUGCUGCUGGGGGACGUGGGCACGGACCUGUGGCUGGCGCUGCACCACUACGGGCGGCGGGACUACGUGUGGUGCGGGCUGACGCUGGCCUUCGUGCUGCUGCCCUCGGUGCUGGUGCAGAUCCUCAGCUUCCGAUGGUUCGUGCAGGACUACACGGGCGGAGGGCUGGGCGCCGUGCAGGGGCUCAGCAGCCGCGGGCCGCCCAUGAUGGGAGCCGUCGGCCGCCGCGGGGGACCCGCCACCCCCGGGGCGCAGCGCCUCUGCAGGAUCUCCGUCUGGGUCUGGCAGUCCGUCAUCCACCUGCUGCAGAUGGGGCAGGUCUGGAGGUAUAUCCGAACUAUGUAUCUGGGGAUCCAGAGCCAGAGGCGGAAGGAACACCAGCAGCGUUUCUACUGGGCUAUGAUGUACGAAUAUGCAGACGUAAAUAUGUUGCGCCUCCUGGAAACUUUCCUUGAGAGCGCCCCUCAACUGGUGCUACAGCUCUGCAUAAUGAUCCAAAAGAACCGUGCAGAAACAUUACCAUGUGUGUCCUCUGUGGCCUCCCUGAUGUCCCUGGCUUGGGUGCUAGCCUCCUAUCACAAGCUUCUUCGGGACUCUAGGGACGACAAGAAGAGUAUGAGCUACAGAGGGGCCCUCAUCCAUCUCUUCUGGCGCCUCUUCACCAUCUCAUCCCGAGUUAUUUCUUUUGCUCUCUUUGCUUCCAUCUUCCAGCUCUACUUUGGGAUCUUUGUAGUGGUCCACUGGUGUGCCAUGGCUUUCUGGAUCAUCCAUGGUGGGACAGAUUUCUGCAUGUCUAAGUGGGAGGAGAUCCUCUUCAACAUGGUGGUAGGGAUUGUGUACAUUUUCUGCUGGUUUAAUGUCAAGGAAGGGCGGACUCGAUACAGAAUGUUUGCGUAUUACACGGUAGUCCUGACGGAGAACGCUGCCUUGACGCUCCUUUGGUAUUUUUACAGAGAUCCUGACACUACUGACUCAUAUGCCGUGCCAGCACUGUGUUGUGUCUUUCUUAGCUUUGCUGCUGGGAUAGCUUUGAUGCUGUUAUAUUAUGGUGUGCUGCAUCCCAUGGGGCCAAGAGCUAAGAUCCUUGUCAGCUCCUGUUGCGCCGAGCUGCUCUGGGGCAUUCCUUUGCCCCCCGAUGUUGAGCCCAUGGCACCCCAAACCCCUGGGUACCGGGGGGCCCAGGCUACGCCCACCAGAGCGGUCACGGAGCAACAGGAGGAACUCACAGCUGACACUUGCUUGCCCGUUUUCCAGGUGAGAGCAAUGGUACCAUCUACUCCAUCUGGGAGACCCUACCCCCCUGAGGGGCCUCUCAUUAAAAUUGACAUCCCAAGAAAAAGAUACCCUGCAUGGGAUGCUCAUUUUGUAGACAGGAGGUUAAGAAGAACUAUCAACAUCCUCCAGUAUGUCACCCCCACAGCUGUAGGUAUUAGGUAUAGAGAUGGACCUCUCUUAUAUGAGUUGCUACAAUAUGAAUCUUCACUUUAAAAGCUCCUUAAAGCAAAAGUAAAAGAGGGGACCUUAUUUUUGUUUACGGUAAACACAGAUCAUGAAACAAACACAAACCUUCAGAUAAGCUUUCUUUCUGGUUGCUGUAUGUAUAAAAAAAAAAAAAGAUAUUCUCUAUGUUUUGUAAGUAAAAACAAAAAGAAAAACUUUUCUUUUGUUUUUUACACACAAGAAACAGUAUUUCAACUUCCACACCUAGGAUUCACAGGUGGAGAAGGAGGCAUCUCCACAUCAGUUUUAUACCGUACACCAAGUGUAGAACAUUAUUUAUGGGAUUGGUGCUGAUUGAAAAAUAAAAAAAAACAAACAAACAA